AAUACAAUCGAUAGUGUCCAAAUUGCAUAUUUUACCCAUCGCCAACGAAGGCAGAUAAACUAAAAAAAAAAGAUUGAUUAAUUCCACAGACGAAUCGACAGGGCGAAAAUUGAGCCAUGUCCAACGAGAAAGAGGAUGAGCGCGACAAGCACAAACAACAGGCGGAGGCAGACGCUAAGUCAACUUCUAGUGACGAUUCCGACGAGUACCAGUCCGCCGGCGAAGGCGACGAUUGCGAAGGUGAUUCCCCCGUCGAGGGCCCACCUGCAGCCACACCUGCUGCGGCUAAGACCACUAGUCCGAAUUUAAAACCCACAGCGGCUUCAGUACCGCCACUACCUUUGGCCGAACAAGUUGACUACCGGUAUCCGAUGCAUCAGAGCGUUUUCGAGGACGACAUCAAGUCGCUGCAACGCCGCCUGCUCCUGAGCACUGCCCAGGAGGAGAUCGGUCUCAAGGACAAGCACGGCAAUACGCCCCUUCACCUGGCCGUGAUGCUGGGCAGGAAACACGCCGUGCGCCUUCUCCUGGCCCAUAAUGCUCCUGUGAAGAUCAAGAACAAUGAAGGCUGGUCCCCGUUGUCGGAGGCUAUUAGCUAUGGCGAUCGCCAGACAAUCACCCAGGUCCUGCGCAUGCUGAAGCUGCAGUCGCGGGAUCACAUGGAGAGCCGUCGUGAGAAGUUGGUUAAUGCACUGCGCCAGAUGCAGGACUUCUACAUGGAAUUCAAGUGGGAUUUCCAGUCCUGGCUGCCGCUGGUCUCCCGAAUCCUGCCCUCGGAUAUCUGCCGGCUGUACAAGUCGGGAGCAUCAAUAAGAUUGGACACAACUCUAGUGGACUUUAACGACAUGCGGUGGGAGAGGGGCGACAUAUCCUUUUUAUUCCGCGGCGAGGCACCGCCCAGAGAGUCUCUAGUGCUAUUGGACAAUGAGCAGGAAUGCUAUCAGCGUCUUCGCUACGAGGAGUCCGAUAUGGAAGACGAAGUCGAUGUCCUCAUGUCCACCGACAUUCUGGCCACCCAGAUGUCGACCAAGACGAUACAGUUCGCACGCGCCCAGAAGGGAUGGAUUUUUCGGGCCAAUCGCAAGGAGCUUAUCGGCGGACAGUACCAAUGCGAGAUCUACACCAUCCAAGGGCUGAUCCUGAAGCAGCGGAAGCGCCGCGAGCAUCUCUCCCACGAGGAUCUGCAGAAGAACCGAGCUAUUGUCGAGACAAUCACCAAGGGCGCUUGUCAGCAGUCGGACAAUCGACGUUCCAGCCUAAGCAGCCAACACACGGCUACGCCCCCAGAAACCAAUACACCGACGGCACCGAAUGGUAUCACCCUACCAGAGCUGCCACGACGCAGUUCGCUGCAGGCACCGCCAGCCACCACGGUCACCUGGCGUCAGUACCUCGAUGCCGAGGUUGGCAAGUGCCCGCAACUCGGCCGACCUCCCGUCCAUAAACAAUCAAGUAAGACCCUUCGCGCCACGGUAGCCAUGAGUAAGGAUUUCCCAUUGAGUCUGGAAAUGUUAUUGGAUGUUCUGGAGGUGGUGGCGCCGUUGAAGCACAUCAAUAAGCUACGUGAAUUUGUGACGCUGAAGUUGCCCACUGGAUUUCCGGUUAAGAUCGAGAUCCCGGUCCUGCACACGGUUACAGCGAAAGUGACGUUUCAAAAGUUUGAAUUUCGCGACAACAUCCCUGCCAAGAUGUUUGAAAUACCGUCGAACUACUGGGAGGAUGUCCGACGCUUCCAGGAUUUAUGACCAGGCGACGGAGAACCAACAAAAGCCUCGAAAGGCUCAUCCUCGGGAUCAGGCACCGGCUCCGGCUCCGUCUCUGGCCAGUCUGGAGUCCAUGUCGAUUUGAAUCGGAAUGCGCCGUCCUCCAUUGCGGAGUUUGAUUGAGGAGGCGUCCUCGGCCAUGUCUCUUGCCUGCCCCCCCCGUCUGCCCAAAAUUGUGACCAUCAAAAGGUUUGGUUCUCCCAGCGAAGGCCGUAAGGAACCGUGUUAAUGUAUGUAUGUUUAGGAGGAAACAAGAAAGAUUCAAAAAAUUGCAAUUUUCACCCAAGAGAAAAAAAAAAACAAGAAAUUUGUCGUCAAAAUUAUUCUUUGUUUUUUAAAUAAUUAUUUGCCCUUUGGAUGAAAAAUUGUUAAAAUUAAAAAUGUAACGCUCUGAAAAUUGCAAUUUUAAGCUUCGAUUUGUUAUUUAUUGUAUUUAUUUUUUAACUAGCCCUCUUCGAUGGGGAUAUUAUGUAUUAAUUUUUAGUAUUUAUCAUUAGAUGCAUCAACAUUCUGUCUGGGUUCGCACCUUCUUUCAGAGAUCUGGGGUCUCAGGGCAACUGCCCGCCCAAUCGUCGUGAAAAGAACCCCAAGAAUUAUUUCGCCUAUCUCUAGCUAAUCGCAGUGGUAAAAAAAAAAAUUAAAAAAUAAUCACAAUCAGGCGAUAUUCACAAACAUACAGUCCUAUCCGUAUCACUCAAUCAAAAGGUAGUUAGUCGAAUGGUCAGACCUAGGAUCAUAUCGUUUUCAACAGUUUAUUUAUAUAGUAUAUCAAUGUACAUCCACCAUCCACCAUCCACUCACCUUUCCGAUUUAGAGAAAUUUCAUAUUUAUAAUUAAGGUAAACUAAAGGGAAGAAGGCGGAAGUUUAUUUUCGGCCCACAACCUUCUCCAAAAAUGAGUCUGUAUGCCCCGCUUGGAACGUUGGAUCGUUCUUUCUUUUUAUAUAAACUUAGGCUAUGAGUACUUGAGAAUCGUCUGCAAAACAAAUUCCUACACCAUUUUCAUAAUAGUCGAGAGUAUUUUGAAGUGCGCAAAUACGAAAAACGAGAAACGUAAAACAGCUUCACAAAUCAAUUAAAAACUAAAUGUUUAUAUAUACGUACCAAUGUAUUUAUGUAUGUAGUUCGAUUCUAGACAAUUAUUUAACCAUAAAAAUAGCAUCUGUAUUUAUAUUUGUUAAUCAACAAAAAGGAUAGCUCCGAUUUGCUGUGAUUAGCUACAUAUUUUAUUCAAAAUUGUUUGCUAUUCUCGGGCCUGACUGCAAUUCAAAGCAUCAUUUUGUUCCAUGUAUUUUUGUAAAACUGCCAUUUUUUCCACAUUUGUUUUUAAUUUAUGGUAUUGCAUUUGUUCCUUUUGACUUUGUCCCAGUCAUACAAUAAUAAUAAAUUCAAAACGAUAAUCAAAGAAAUCUUUUUUAAACAUCAGUUAUUAUUAAACUGUAAUCGGAGUUGAAGGAGAAACACAAGAAAUCUGUUAAGCAAUGGAUAUAAACAAGAUCGGUGUAUUUUACUACUUAAGGAUAAUCGAUGAUUGAAAUAUAUAUAUUUGUACAAGGCCCCUAAACGUAAUUGAACCGAGCAUUUGUAUACGCUCUAAAAAAAUAUAUAUACACUCACAUCCCACAUGCUGUAAAAUGUGCAACCCAA